AUGGAAAUUUUGUCCAACACAGAGACGAUGGAAGAAAUGAUGAAGAAGACUCAUGAUUCCAUUGAUGAAGAUUUUCCUCCCAAUGAGAACUCCCUGUAUAAUUUGACAGAUACCAAACUGACUGAGGAAGAGCUUGAAACUUGGAAAACUUUUGAAUGGAGAAGGCCCCAUGAAAUAUUCAAAGGCGAGUACAACCUCUUCUCUGGAGGAAUCGAUCCAAAUGAUAUUAAGCAAGGAUGACUUGGAAACUGUUACUUCCUCUCAGCAAUCAGUGCAAUGGCUGAAUUCCCUGACCAAAUCAAGAAACUGUUCUUGCAUCGGGAACUUAAUGAAGAUGGAAUCUAUGCUAUAAAUUUCACACUGGGAGGGGAGAACUAUACAGUCCUUGUCGAUGAUCAUAUUCCAUAUUAUGUAAAAUAAACACAAACCGGCAUUUUCCCAAUCCAAAGGCAACGAGCUCUGGGUUAUGUUACUAGAAAAGGCCUGGGCUAAGGUAAAUGGCAACUACGAGAACUCCAUCAAAGGAUUUGUAUCAGAAGCAUUCAGAGCUUUGACUGGUGCUCCUGUAGUCUUCUUCAAGCACAUGUACAUACAAGAUAUUUGGGAUGAGAUAUAUGAAGCAGACCAGAACAAAUAUAUAAUCUGUGCUUCAUCAGGGGAAGGGCAGCUAAACAAAGAGAGAUAUAAUGAAAUGGGCCUCAUAAGCGAGCAUGCUUACUCUGUCAUUGCAGCUACAGAAAUCAAAACUAAAAAUGGACCAGAACGCUUACUAAAACUUAGGAACCCAUGGGGUCAUAAGGAAUGGCUAGGCAAAUGGAGUGAUGAUGACGAUUCUUGGACACCUAAGCUCCGUAAAGCUCUUGGAUGUGAGGAGAAAAAUGAUGGUGUCUUUUUCAUGUGCGUUGGAGACUAUCUGAGCUAUUUCAGAACCACAGUCAUUUGUAAAUUACAUGAAAAUUAUGUAUCUCACUCAAUCAAAUGCAAGCACAAUUUUGGGGAUUACAACCUGAUCAAGGUUACUAUUGAGAACGAAGAGAAAAUAUUUUUAACAGUAUCCCAGCUGAAUCAAAGAUGGGCCCGUAGACAUAAGGAAUAUGAACCAUCGUUUGUCAGGAUGUUAUUGUCAAGAAUUGUUCCAGAAGAUGAAGAAGACUCUGAAAAAUUCCCCAUAGAAUACAUCAAAGGAACAUGAUGGAAGGACGAAGAUACCACAAUCGAAUGCCAAUUAGUCCCAGGAGAGUAUCUUGCAUACAUAGAAAUACACUGGUUCGAUGAUACGCAAUUCAAUGACUUUGUUUUUAGAACUUAUUCAGAAUCAGACCCAAAAAUAGAGGAGAUUGAUAAAGAAGAAUAUCCUGAUUUCCUUGAACAAUCUUUAAAAACCUGUGCAAGAACUUCAAAGGAAAUUAAAACAUACGCAGAUAAAGGCGAGCCUGAGAUUUUCAGAGCCUUCAGUGUCAAAGAAUCCAAAACCGAGUACGGCUUUCUAUACUAUGAGAAUAACUCAGAAGGAACGACUCUCAGAGAGAUUGUGAAAUUUGGUGAAUUAGAAAAUCUUUAUGUCAUGCCACCUUAUGAGGGAAAUAUUAUUGAGAUAAAAGUCCCUCCUGGAGAGAACCGAAUUGUCAUCCUUAACAGAAGUGACCGUGGGUGCUCCUUCAACAGCACAUACUACACAACACUUAUAAAGCCAGUUAGUGAUAUCUUAGAAGUUUCCAAAAGAAGAGGUAGAAAGAAGCAAAUUGAGUAUAGAGAUGAAAAGUACGAAGUCUAUUAUUAUGUCUACAAAGACGGCAGUGGCUACCUCCUCUAUUUUGAGAACAAGUCGAAUGAGUUAGAGGACAAGGAAGGAUAUAUCUUUGAAGGAACCUUCUACUUUAAACUAGAAAAUCUCGAAAUUGAUGACGAUGAGUACAGAGAUAAACAAGAAUGGAAAGUAAAGCUGCGUCCAGGAGAGACUUCCUAUGUCAAACUUCUCAUGAAAGAUCUCACUAAAUCCUGGGGCUACAAAUAUUCCUACAGCUUCAAGAUUAAAGAGGCAGUGCUGAACAACGCUGAACUGAUCGAGAGAAUCAAGAAUAAUGGGAAAAAGAAACAAAUCUCUUACAAAGAUGAAAAGGUAGAGGUCUACUACUAUAUCUAUUUUAUUAAUGAAAGAUAUAUGUGGUUCUACGAGAACCUCACUGACAAGAAAUUCAAGGCCACUUUUAGUUUUGAAUUAAACAACCUCAAGCUUGAUAAGGAAGAAGAGAAGGAAGAAAAGAAGGAGGAGCAGAAAGAAGAGCAGAAGGAAGAACAGAAUGAGAAAAAGGAACACAAUCUAGAAAAGGAGGAUGAUAAUGCAGAGGAAGAGCAAGAAAAUGAAAAUGGAUGGAAAAUCUUCCUACUUCCUGGGGAAUCCUGUAUUAAGAGCAUCUCAAGAAUUGAUGCUAAAAAGGAGUCAAAAUAUAGAAGCUCGUAUUCUUAUAGGCUAUCUUCUAAGGAAGAGGAUGAAUAAAAUAGCAAUUCAACC